UUAAAAGUUACCAAGAUUGGACUUUCCCUGGCUUUUAGGGCAUUGUGGGAAGGCAGCCAUAAACACCCCUUUAUUCUUCCCCUUAACUAACCAACCCUUUCAUUUAUUUUUAUUAACAGAGGAUUGCAAUACCCCGUUAGGAAAAGGAGAUGGCAACUUUGCAGAAGCAAAGGAAUCCCCUGACUGCAGCCAUAUUCCCCACCAAAAUUGCCACCGAACAGCAAUCCCUCAUGUUGGUGAAGCGGCUGCUGGCCAUCUCUGUCUCCUGUAUCACCUAUCUCAGGGGCAUUUUGCCCGAAUCUGCCUACGGGACAAGAUAUUUAGAUGAUCUCUGCGUGAAGAUCCUAAAAGAGGAUAAAAAAUGCCCCGGGUCCAGCCAGCUUGUAAAAUGGAUGCUAGGAUGCUAUGAUGCCCUGCAGAAAAAAUAUCUCAGAUUAAUCGUCUUAGCGGUCUAUACCAACCAGGAGGAUCCCCAGGUAUGUCUUCCAUGUCAUUUCUUAUCAACUUUGUGAUUGGACGCUUUGAUUUGCAUCAAAACAUCUAUUAAAAUUUUUAUAAAGAUAUUUAUUACAAGGAACAUUUUGAUAAAGAUGGAUACUUAAAGCUUUGCAUGCACUCUAACUUC